GGCAGCAGCGGCGGCGGGUGUCAUGGCGGCGGCCCUUCCCGGUGAGCGGCGGGAAAAAUAAAAUACAAGAGGUCUCGGGUUGGUUCAGCGGGGACCGAAUUCCCGGAGGGGGGGAAGGAGGAAGGAGGGAGCUGGACCCGGCCCGAGGCCAUGGCGGAGAGCGCCCGGGAGCCGAGCUGCGGGUGCAAAGGCAUCCGCUCGUGCCUGACGUGUGAGGAGAGCGGGUCGCCCAAGCUCCAAGUCCGGAAAAAGUACCAACUCACUUACGAUCGUAGGUCAGGUUUCGCAGUGGGGGGUGAAUUCUGUGGAUUUAGUAAAUGGGCUUUACCGUUCCCUGGUGUGUAUUUAUUGGACAAUUUUGUCAGUGAGGAGGAGGAGACCCAACUGGUGGACAUGAUGGAUAGAGAUGAGUGGAAAUCUUCACAAUCUGGGCGAAAGAAACAGGAUUAUGGUCCAAAGGUGAAUUUUAAGAAACGCAAGCUGAAAACUGGGUGUUUCAAUGGCCUGCCGAGCUUCAGCCAUCAGCUUGUGAACCGAAUGCUAAAGUGCCCGGUGCUGAAGGACUUCCUUCCUGUAGAACAGUGUAACCUGGAUUAUAGGCCAGAGCGAGGUUCCUCCAUUGACCCACACUUUGACGACUGGUGGCUGUGGGGAGAACGCCUGGUCAGCGUGAAUCUACUGGCUGACACCACGUUAUCAAUGUCGCGCGACUCGGACAACUACAUCCAGCUGCAUCCAUCUGGACAGAUGUGCAACACACAGUCACCUGCUCCAGUAACUGACCAGUCAGAGAGAACUUUCCAUUUUAAUGGGGAUAAUCUUCCAGUUCACUGUACAGGUGACUGCAGAGUGGAAAGGACAAGUGAAGCAGGGCAAAGGCUAACUUGUUAUAGUGAUGUGGAGGUGGCCAUCCACGUGCCGAGGAGAUCUUUGGUUGUGUUGUAUGGGGAGGCACGUUAUAAAUGGAAACAUGCCAUUCAUAGAGAAAGUAUCAAGUCAAGACGAAUAUGUAGCACGUUCAGGGAGCUAUCAGAAGAAUUCAGUCAAGGAGGAAAGCAGGAAGCAUUGGGGAAACAAUUCUUGGAUAUAGCUUUGAGCUUUCAGGGUAAUCCUGUGUAAAACUCCGAAGUCUCAAGCACAUUUGAUUUCUUUUAUAAAGCUAACUAUCUUUGCGAGACAUAAGGGAUUGUUUUUUCAAAUUAUUCAUAUUUUGUCAACCUUUCCUCCUCCAGUCCUUAUUGUUUUUGCGGUUUUGCCCCAAAGUAUACAGUCAAUUCACUUUACAGUAUAUUCUGUGAAGUGCUU